CUGUCAACGGUUAACGGAUUUGGUUCGAACUUGUUUGUUUUGUUCCCAAGCCUGUUUGGUCUUCGUUGUGUAGAAAUUGUCUUUACGCUAAUUGUAAACGCCCCGACAUGAGCAACGCAGCAUUUAUAGAUGAUUGGAACAAUAUUAUACCAUUUAAGAUUAAAGUAACGGAUUUGGAAAAACCUACCGAACAGUUUGUUUACAAAUCAAUCCUUCAAUUUUUCAAGCUCAUGCAUUACGACGUUGCCAGCUACGAAAAUAUGUACAGCGAUUCGAAUGAAACACUCACGAUGAAGCGGGUGGAAUUGGUGGCGAGAAUCAACUACAUCUAUCAACUGUGCUCAGAUUCGAAACAAACUUCGUUCUUGUACGUUGACCUCGUCAAACCAACUGGAAAAAAGAUCAUACAUUUGCUUAAAGUUCUGCUCAACUAUCUGUUUUACACAAAUAUGGUAAAAGAAACAGUGUUGGAAAAGGCAAACAACUGCACACAGGAGUAUUCUGAGCUGAACGCUAAACUAAACCAGGAACAAAUAACGAAGGAAGAAAACAAAAUUCGAGCCAACAAAAUAAAUCGUCACAUAGAUGACUUGAAACUGCACCUGCCUCAACUAAAGAAUCAGAUUGAAACCCUUCAGCAAAGAAAACACAAGCUUCAGGAAAACAUAUCCUCACUGAAGGCAAAUGACCAGCAACUAGCCGAUAAAAUUAUUAAACUAAAAAUUGAACAUUCGGAACUGGCAGAACUGCUUGUAGCCGACGAUGAAGCAUCUUCCGUGAGGGAAAUAAAACAAUCGCUAACUAGAGAAAUUGAAACACUCACGGAAACGGAAAAAGAGUUGCAACAAGCUUACCAAAUCCAUGUUUCUUCGAUCAACCAGAUAAGACCGUGCAAUGCACUUCUAGAAAAAAUGCUUCUAAUUGGAAUGGAUGAGUCUUGCAAAAACAUACGAGGCGCAAUAGUUGAACUAAAUUCUUUGUGCGAUAAGUUACGAAAACAAAGGAACAACUUGACAAACCUCUCAGAUACAUUGCAAAAUAACUGCGAGGAACUCGAUGGCCUGCUUGCAGAUAAAAAUCAAGAGCUGGAAGUACGUAGAAAGGUAUUGGAGAAAAAUGACAGAAGAAAAGAUAGCAAGCACCUGGAACAGGAGAAACGCCUUAAGGCAUUGGAUCAAGCAAAUGAGAUAUACGCACAGCUGUUGGUAGUUCAGAAAGCAGAAAUGCAAAGAGUUAUCGUUAUGGUUGAGCAAGCUCUCAAGUUUAUAAACUAAUGCUCUUUCUAACCGAAUAAAUUAAGGCAUUAUUUCGUUCGCCGGAUUGAUAUACAACCACAAGAAAGCAA